AUGGAGCACAGUGAGCCGUCCACCAUUGUCCAUGGCUCACCUCUGGUGCUGAAUGUGGGUGGAGUGCUAUUUACAACUACCCCUUCAACGUUGGAGAAAGCUCCAUUUUUCGAGGCCAUGCUUCGCCACCACCGCUUGAGCGAGGCAGCAGCAGACCACCGAUCACCAAGCGGAUCGUUGGGACGCUCUGUUGACCACCAUGGGCAUCUCUUCGUGGAUCGCUCUGGUUUUUUAUUUGAAUAUGUAUUGGAAUAUCUUCGCACUGGGUUCUGGCUGCUUGGAGACCGGGGCCGAAAUCGGACCUUUCUGGAAGCCUUGCGUGCUGAAGCACUUUUCUACGGCUUAGAGGGCCCCGUUCCAGAGAUCUUCACAGCGGAGGUGACGGAGUAUUUUUCAAUUUGGAGUGCAGAUGAUGGCCAUGAGAUAAUCUUCUUGAUAUCGCUUGAGGAUGACAUCAAUGAUGCUACAGCCUUCCAAACAUCUUUUGUUCCGGAGAGCAUCGCUUCUAUUCGAUCUCCGGAGAAUGCAAGCUCCCAAGCAUUGUCCACUGAGAAAAGGCCCAAUGAUCAGAACGCACAUAUGGCACACAAGUACCCUGUGCAAGUUAAACUUGCAGGAGGCUGUGUCAAGACCUUGUAUGCAGAAGCUGUCGAUGGCAUGUCGGCGGCUGAUAUUGCAAAGAAAUUUAUUGAUCAGAACUGCUUGAAGCAGGGCUUUGUGAAGCCGUUGGAGUGGGUUGUGGGUGCAAUCUGGGAGAACGCGCGAUCAAAGUAUUACCCUGCGCACACCAGAGAGAUCUACAUUUGUGCUCGCCGACAGUUUCAAUGCACGCAGCCAGGUCUUACUUUCAACAGAGAGAAGAUAGACUGGUAG